GCGGCCCCCAGCCGCCGGGACUCCACAGCCGAGCCUCUGGGCUGCGGCGGCUGCCUUCACGACCCGGCGGGCCCAGUUUGGCCCCCGGGAGCCCGCGCUGCCCGAGCCUCCUACCCCACGGAGCCCAAGGCGAGCGCCUCGUACCCGAGCCCGGCAGGGGCCAGGAUGCGGACCUGAACUCCUAGAACCGGACCCAUGACCCUGAGCACAUUGACCCGCGAAAGGAAGGCGCCUCCCGCCUGCACCUGCAGCCUCAGUGACUCCGACAUGAUCCCCUACUUCUCCGCCAACGCGGUCAUCUCACAGAACGCCAUCAACCAGCUCAUCAGCGAGAGCUUUCUAACUGUCAAAGGUGCUGCCCUUUUUCUACCACGGGGAAAUGGCUCCUCCACACCAAGAAUCAGCCACAGACGCAACAAGCAUGCAGGUGAUCUCCAACAGCAUCUCCAAGCAAUGUUCAUAUUACUCCGCCCAGAAGACAACAUCAGGCUGGCUGUAAGGCUAGAAAGUACUUACCAGAAUCGAACACGCUAUAUGGUAGUGGUUUCAACUAAUGGUAGACAAGACACUGAAGAAAGCAUCGUUCUCGGAAUGGAUUUCUCCUCUAAUGACAGUAGCACUUGUACCAUGGGCUUAGUCCUGCCUCUCUGGAGUGACACCCUAAUUCAUUUGGAUGGUGAUGGUGGGUUCAGUGUAUCAACAGAUAACAGAGUCCACAUAUUCAAACCUGUAUCUGUGCAGGCAAUGUGGUCUGCACUACAGAGUUUACACAAGGCUUGCGAAGUGGCCAGAAUGCAUAACUACUACCCAGGCAGCCUUUUUCUCACCUGGGUAAGUUAUUAUGAGAGUCACAUCAACUCAGAUCAAUCAUCAGUCAAUGAAUGGAAUGCUAUGCAGGAUGUGCAGUCCCACCGGCCCGACUCUCCAGCUCUCUUCACUGACAUACCAACUGAACGUGAGCGAACAGAAAGACUAAUUAAAACCAAAUUAAGGGAAAUUAUGAUGCAGAAGGAUUUGGAGAAUAUCACGUCAAAAGAGAUACGAACUGAAUUGGAAAUGCAAAUGGUAUGCAACUUGCGAGAAUUUAAGGAAUUUAUAGAUAAUGAAAUGAUAGUGAUCCUUGGUCAGAUGGAUAGCCCUACACAGAUAUUUGAGCACGUGUUCUUGGGCUCAGAAUGGAAUGCCUCUAACUUAGAGGAUCUACAGAACCGAGGGGUGCGGUAUAUCUUGAAUGUCACUCGAGAGAUAGAUAACUUCUUCCCAGGACUCUUUGAGUAUCAUAACAUUCGGGUAUAUGAUGAAGAGGCAACAGAUCUCCUUGCUUACUGGAACGACACUUACAAAUUCAUCUCUAAAGCAAAGAAACAUGGAUCUAAAUGCCUUGUGCACUGCAAAAUGGGGGUGAGUCGCUCAGCCUCCACUGUGAUCGCCUAUGCAAUGAAGGAAUAUGGCUGGAAUCUGGACCGAGCCUAUGACUAUGUGAAGGAAAGACGAACUGUGACCAAGCCUAAUCCCAGCUUCAUGAGACAACUGGAAGAGUAUCAGGGGAUCUUGCUGGCAAGCAAACAGCGGCAUAACAAGCUCUGGAGAUCUCAUUCAGAUAGCGACCUCUCAGAUCACCAUGAACCCAUCUGCAAACCAGGGCUGGAGCUCAGCAAGAAGGAGGUCACCACCUCAGCAGACCAGAUUGCCGAGGUGAAGGCCAUGGAGAAUCACCCACCCACACCUCCUGUCUUCGUGGAACAUGUUGUCCCACAAGAUGAAAAUCAGAAAAGGCUGUGUACCAAAGAAAGAAUGAUCUGCUUGGAGUUUACUUCUAGAGAAUUUCGUGCCGGACAAAUUGAAGAUGAAUUAAACCUAAAUGAUAUCAAUGGAUGCACAUCAGGGUGUUGUCUCAAUGAAUCAAAAUUUCCUCUUGACAACUGCCAUGCAUCUAAAGCCUUAAUCCAACCUGGGCAGGCCCCAGAAGUGGCCAAUAAGUUCCCAGACUUAACAGUCGAAGAUUUGGAGACAGAUGCACUGAAAGCAGACAUGAACGUCCAUUUACUGCCUAUGGAAGAGUUGACAUCUCGCCUGAAAGACCUCCCCAUGUCCCCUGACCCUGAAUCACCAAGCCCCCAACCCAGUUGCCAGACUGAAGUCUCAGAUUUCAGUACAGAUCGCAUUGAUUUUUUUAGCGCCCUAGAGAAAUUUGUAGAGCUUUCUCAAGAAACCCGGUCACGAUCUUUUUCCCACUCAAGGAUGGAGGAACUGGGAGGAGGAAGGAAUGAGAGCUAUCGAUUGUCAGUGAUAGAAGUAGCCCCUUCUGAAGUGACAGCUGAUGAUCAGAGAAGCAGCUCUUUGAGUAAUACUACUCAUGCGUCUGAAGAAUCUUCAAUGGAUGAGGAACAGUCAAAGGCAAUCUCAGAACUGGUCAGCCCAGACAUCUUCAUGCAGUCUCACUCAGAAAAUGCAAUUUCAGUCAAAGAAAUCGUCACUGAGAUUGAAUCUAUCAGUCAAGGAGUUGGACAGAUUCAAUUGAAAGACAUUCUGUCCAACCCAUGCCAUACACCAAAGAAGAACACCAUCCAUGAGAUGACCCUUGAGAGGGCCCAGGCCCCAGGGAACAGACCUGGAGAUACGGAGCAGAAUGAAGGUUCCUGCACAGCCCAGCCUGAACUAGCCAAAGACUUGGGGAAGUGGGAUCCAGAAGGCUGCCUAACCACACACUUAUUCACAAUGGACUUGGAAGAAGAGGAACCAACUGAGGGAGAGCAAGAGCUCUGGGGCCCAGGGAUGCACCCAGGUGCCAAGUGGUGCCCUGGGUCCGUGAGGCGAGCCACGUUGGAGUUUGAGGAGCGCCUGCGGCAGGAGCAAGAGCACCAUGGUGCUACCCCUACUUGUACCUCAUUGUCCACUCGCAAGAAUUCCAAGAAAGAUUCCUCUGUGACAGAACCAGCACCAAAAGGGAAGAGUGAUGAAGCCACCCUAGAACAUUCAUUUGUCGCCAAGGAAGCAGAGAUGAACAAGAGCAAAGGGAAAUGCAGUGGGUCUGAGGCUGGCUCACUACCCCAUUGCGAGCAAGAUGCCAUUGUUCCAGCACCCGAACUGCUGGAGUUUCACCCCUUGCCAGCUUCUCAGCAGUGCCCAGGGUCAGAUACCAGAACAAAGCAGGAAGGAGUCCUGAAAGUGCAGAGGACUAUGGUUUCAUGCCAGAGAGCUGAGACACAGGCAUUUCCUCUUCCCCUUCCCAAGAAGAUAGAAAUCAUUGAGUAUACCCACACAGUUACAUCACCUGAUCACACUGGGCCAGGGGGUGGAAUAGCCACCAGUGAAAAGAGUGGGGAACAAGGCCUGAGGAAAGUGAAAGUGGAGAAGUCCAUCACUGUCCUCUGUGCACUGGAUGAAAAUCUAAACAGGACACUGGGCCCCGACCAGGUUUCUCUGCACCCCGAAGUGCUACCUCUGCCUCAUUCUUCAUCUGAGCACGACAGGCCCACUGAUCCAGCCUCCACCAUGAGCAGCCCUGCAGGCUGGGGCAAUAGCCCAUCAACAGCCCAGGACACAGCAGCGCCUUUUGUCAGUCACACAAUUCACGUACCGUCUGCCAGCUUGGAUUACCUGAAUCCCCAGACUGUGGUUCACCUAGAAGGCUUCACGGAGCAAAGCAGCACCACAGACAGCGAGCCCUCUGCGGAGCAGGGGAGCUGGGAAGAAAAUCAGGAGGGCCCCCUCUCCAGUGGCAAUGAAGUGCCAUAUAAGGGCUCCCCAUUAAGUAGUGAAGACCUAAGUUUAAUUAGCAAACUAGGUGACAACAUUGGGAAAUUACAAAAAGCACUGGACCCAUCACCUGUAGCCUGUAGACUCCCACAUAGCUCUAGUAGUGACAAUAUAAAGGGUCUCAGCCACAGCCCCAGUGUGGUGAAGGAGCGCUCUAAGGAAAUUGAGUCUCGAGCAAUUUGCCAGUUAGGGCUCACCAAACCAUCCCAAAUGAGGCGUUCAGCUUCCCUCACCAAGUUAGGUUACUUGGACCUCUGUAAAGACUGUUUACUGCAGACGGAGCCUGUCUGCUCUGAGUCCCCUCAUCUCAAACUGCUUCAGCCCUUCAUCAAAACAGACUCAGGCAUGCAUACCAUGGAGGCCCAGGGGCCCCCAGGAAACCCAGAUGCCCCCCAGAACCCAGAACCCACCAAGUAUUUUAUAGAGCAACUUAAAACAACAGAGUGUGUCGUGCAGAGCAAGCCAGUGGAGAGGCCCCUUGUACAGUAUGCCAAAGAAUUUGGUUACAGUCAGCAGUGUUUGCUCCCCAAGGCAGGACCUGAAUUGACUAGUUCUGAAGGCCUUCCUUUGCUACAGACCCAGGGGCCACAGUGUGCAGGCCCAGCUCCAGGGCUGGCUUUGGCUCCCCGUCAGCAGCACAGCAGAACUCACCCUCUUAGGAGACUGAAAAAAGCAAAUGAUAAAAAACGGACAACCAACCCCUUCUAUAAUACCAUGUGAUUCUGAGCCUACACAUGUGACUUUCUAAAAGAAAUGUUUGUAAAAGGGGCAGGUGUAAUACGUAAGGAACAUGCACUUUAUUGGUUAAUUUUAUAAUAUUUUGGUCAUUUUACUGUUCCUGGCGCAUGCAGGGUUUGGGGUUUUAUUUCUCUGUGUGUGUAAAAGAGAGAUUUGGAUGGCAAGACCAUUUUAUCAUUUUUUAUUUUUAGAAAAUUCAAACCUCAAAAACUCAUUUUUAAAGAACACCUUUAUGAAAGGCAAAUUGCUGUUUUUCAAUCAACUGCCACCUGCUCCUCAUUUUGCCCUCUGAGAAAAGGCAUACUUGCUUGAUUAAGAAAGGAAGCAGAUGGGGACAGUGGAGACGAAGCCGGAAAUUGGAAAUGCUCCCCCGGGCCUGUGUGUCUGACGGUUUGCUCUCCAGACCUGAUGCAUCAGAUGGGCUGAAGGGCAGCCUGACAUCAGCGUGCUCUCAGCUGUGACCCCCAGCCCCAGCCCAUUGGAGUUCCUGAAGUGGGAAGGUUCUGCUUUGCUUUCAAAGAGGGUCUUCCAGAAGUAAUUUCUUCUAUUCUGGAGCGGAUCAUUACAGAAAAGCAUGGUAAUGGCUGGCUUUGUAAACUUACCAAGCAAAUAGUUCUUUUUAUUAAAUUGAAAAUGAACCCCAAAUGAAAUUCGAGAAGUCCUCUGUAGAGUAAGCAUAAGAAGGAGGAGGUGAAGUAGAGGGAAAAGAGGCUGCUGUCCACUAUCUUCAGGGUCCCUGGGCUCCACACAGGUGGUCAUCCAGCCCCUCCUUGCCAGGAAAUGUGCUCUGCAGCAUCCUUCCAACUCAUACAUAGGGACAGGUUUGAAAAACAGCAAUUGAAAGUCAAUGUGUUCUUGUAAAAUGAAUACAUAUGUAGGGUUUUAACCCUUUCAUUACUUGAAUAAUUCUGUGGGCCUUCUAAGUUUAAUGGCCAUAUUUUUUUCAAUUUAUUUUCUUCCCUCAUGCUGUUUCUCCCAGUGCUGCCUUUUUUUUUUUAAUUUCAUAGAUGAUAUUUGAAAUGUUACAUUACAUGCGUAUAACCUCCAUUGAAUGCAAAGUUUUCUUUUUGAUAUUAUCACUGUUAACACUUGAUGUAAGUUUUUUUUCCCUUUAUUUUUCCUGGAAGAUUUGUCAUUUCUCUAGUUUAUACACAGUAUUUAUGUAGAUAAUGUCACUUUCUUACAAUGUUUUGUUGUUGAUGUUGUAGGGUCUUUUUGAUUAAUUCUUUUUAAGAAAAAGUAAAGCUGCAACUGGAAAAUACACCACAGAAAUAAAACUGAUAGGUGUUGGUAGGAAUCUGCAGAGUAUAUUGACAGUGUUUUUAAUUGUUUAAAUGGAGACUUCUAAUUGCCAGCUCCUGCCAAAUUAUGCGUUAGUAACUUCCUCCUCAGAGAAACCCCUAAAGGUUCCCAUUAGAUCACAGUUUGACUGAAGGCUGGUUCCUCUUUGAGACUGAAAUCUCAGAAUGUUGUUUGCCAGUAGCUGAAGCGCAGCCAGGGAGGAAGUGCAUGUGAGUGUUGCUGCCCAGGAUGGACGUUCCUAAUGAGUUAGGCUGAAGGGGUGGGGGAAAGCCUCAGCCAAGGGCAGGCACCUUAAUGACUCCAUUGGGAUGCUGUUGCUUUGCUGCUGUUGUGGAGAUCCUCAACAUAGGAGCACCUGCCAUGAGUUUAAUUCAGCUUCUUACAGAAAAUGUAUUUAGGCUGGAAUGAAACACCCUUUGCAGCUCAUCAAAACUGAAGAGGUUUGCAGAUUUGCUCCCUGUUUGCUUUGGUUGAUGUCCACAUUGCUGAAAGACUGACCAAGUACAGACUUGAGGUUUAGGUUUUUGGUUUAUUACAGCACCGAGAGGAAAAGACAAAUGUACAGACUGUCAAAGUGAUGUCAGAGGCCAGUAUCUGGUGGGAGCAGGUAGUAGGAUGACCCAAAGGAGAGGGAAAAGGUGGACUGAUCCCACCCGUAAUUGCUUGAGGAGUGUGAAUCCAGUUGCCUUGUGGAAGCUGUGGUUGAGUCUGACAUCACUGCUAGGAGGCAGAUUGGACAGAAACCUCCUACUAUAAGAGUCUUUAUGGUAUAAUAAUUAUACGUAUCUGUCCCUAAUAGAUUCCCUAAAUGUUUAAAUGUAUCAUCCACACAGCUUUGUGAUUCUGGUAUAUUUAAUGUGUUGUAAAGUGUUUUGUUGGGUGGCAUAUAUCAGUAUGAGGAGGCUUGCAAGACGGGGUUAUGAAUUUCCAGGUUCAUCGAUCUAAACUGCUCUGUCUUGAGGAAAUUCCACCACCACUAUGAUGGGGGAAGGACAGGAAAUUGUGGUAGGGGUAGGGAGAAAAGGAUUUGCAUGGAGAUUAAGUACAAGCAGGAUAGUUAAGAUUGUGCUGUUCUCACCCUGCCACUGUGUUUAAUGUUUACUCUCAGUGCAUUAAAUAACAACAAAGAUGGGGAGAAACCCUCUAAUGUGAAGAAAAACAAAGAGAGUAGAGAAAAUUUUCUUGCUCUGCCUUUUUUAAAAAUUAUUAUUUUAAUCAUUUAAUUUACCUGCCUAAAGAAACAUCCUCUACACUGGGUCUGUAGUUCAGCCAUGUCAUGGGAUUUUGCCAGCCCGCUCCAACUCCCACAACCAAGUGUUCUUGUGUUAUUUACAUAGCUGAGCGAUGUCCAGGGGAAGAACACGUUGAGCUAUCAAGGACUUUUCAGACUUCUCUUCAAACUUUUUUAUAAUCUCAGUUGGCCUGUUUCCCUUUUCUGUUCAUGGAAAACUCAGCCCUAGGUCUGGUAGAGAGAUGCAUAGCAAAAGUCUUGACCUCUUCCUUGGUGCCUCUAUUUUGAAACCACCACAGUCUGACUAACUCUCAGUUACUCUGGAGGAGAGAUGGGGGUGGUGGGGGGGAAUUAGGGAGAGAGAGAGUGAGAGAGUAAGAGAGUGAGAGUCUGUGAGU